AUGGAUAUUGACGGUAUGACUGUCGGUGAAACACCUGGCUACCCGAAUCUCCUUGACCCGCUCCGCAACGAAGAUGACAACCAGCGUGAUAUGAUGUCCAGGCCGGAUAAUCGAAAGUUCUCCCUCUUUUCUGAUAUUUUUGGGUGUGGUGGAGAUACCGGGACAUUUUCCUUCUCCUCAUUAUGUGAUGGGAGAUUGUACUCGGCCUACCUCGGUCAGCAGACCGAAACGCCUGAAUCACUACAGUCCAGCGAGAAGAACCUAGGCCCAACAGAACCCUUCAGCCGCCCCUCGCCACAUGACAAACCCCUCUCCUUAUACAAUGAAAUGAACGAAAUUCCGUAUUCAAAAAACACAAAACCAGCGAGCAAGCGAAAACCAACAAGAAUCCGAAGGCAGAAUCGCUCAUGUGAUCCCUGCCGUUCGGCAAAAAGGGCAUGCGAUUUGCCAUUACAUCCCUCGCCCUCGAGAAAUCUUCCUUUAUCUGCUUGCUCUAUGUGCAAGCUGCGUGGCAGGGACUGUACAGUUAUAUGGCGAACGAACAAACAAUCCAGUAACACGAUUUACACAUCUGCAUCUCCUUCGUCCGAUGCCCAUCACGAGGUCGAGGGAGGUCCUGUCACCGUCAAUGAACAAGGGAAAUACAAUGUCCCAUCUGUUACAUCGCUUAAUUUAUCAAUUCAUGAAUCUUCUCUCAAUUCAAAUCUUAUGAGGCGGGAGGCUUGCUCUGAAAGAUUAGCAGUGUACAUCGAUGUCUUUGACAUUCCGGUGUCAGACCUUCUUUCGGGUGGAUGUAUUCUUCCUUGUCACUCCGUGGGUGUUGCUGCUUUGACUUCGUUGGGCCAUAACUCAAACAUGGCCGCAAUAAUUGAUCGCACUCAAUUGAGCAUCAAGGAUAGUUGGAAUAUUGAUUCAUCCCCACAUCUGCCAGCCUCCGCCGUGCCCCAUCCGGAAAUACCGAGUAUCCAUCACGCAAUGAUGAUUUCGCAGAAGUUUUUAAAUGGGUCGCCAUUGCGACUGGAUCACAAUUUGAUAUUUGUGGAUCCAACUCUGAGAGAAAUGCAAAUUCCCAAAAGGAAGCUCGAGAUAUUGCAUAUGCUGCGUGGCGAAAAAGCAAAGGAGAUGGUAUUUACAAAGAUUGCGGCAAGAAAGUCUUUCCGUUUAGGAUUAUCUUUGCUACUUUUUGGAACGAUCCUGUACCCUACCGGGACUGAUCGAAGCGAUGAAUUUGAAAAUGAUUCUACAUAUGCGUUCCAAGAAGGCAUCAGCCGCCUCCGGAUGCUAUGCUCUGAAGCACGGAUUCGUCUCGUUCUUGGUGAAGAACAACCAACUCUAAAAGCAUCCCCAGGCAAACGAUUUCAGCCAACAAUAACAUCACCUCCGUGGGCAAGCUUGCGUACCGAGGAGUCGGGAGGACUCUUAGACCUAAUUGUUGCGCUUGAAUGGCUUGUUGACAUAUCCCAAUCGGUUGCAAUUGCGCUUUUCCCAAAACGAGAUCUCGUCAUUACGCCAUCUAUUCUUGACCAUAGCACCAACAUCAAUCAUCCAGUAGGGGAUGAACUUGAAUUUCAAGGGAUGGCUACGAAGGUCCUAGAUGAAACUAAUGUUUCUCAGGACAUGGAAGAAAACAAAUCAGUCACACAACUGUUGUCUCAAUGCUGCUCAGAUAGUAUCAUACAGAGUGCACUGUCGGAGUCAGGCUCCCUUGUAGUGUUGCUGUGGAAGUUGCUCGCCCGCUUAACGCAAGCCACGCGAGAUAUCCGGAAUGGGAUGGCCAAUUUUGAAGGCACUCGUCGAAUUUUCGAUACCACGCUAAUGACCAUUGGUGUAUGGAGGACCACUUUUGGACCAUUGAAUCCUAUCACAACGGAUCGACUGCAAAGAGCAACCGCAGAUCUGAGACGCAGUGUGAUAUUUUGCGCUACUGACGGUGACCUUGCAAUUCUCAUAUUUCACAAGCUUUCGUGUCAAAUUGAAAGACAUCUGGCAGGCCGGCUACAACCAUCAAGCGAGCAUCUGCGUGAACGAAUGCACCAAACUGCUAACUAUCGAAGCUUGCAACGGUUGACAAGCGCGAUCCGGCUAUCUUCUCUCGCUUCGGUGAUCCAGGGGUCCUGGUCUCGAGGGGAAGCAGGGCUUAAGGCUAACAUUGAAGACAUUACGGCACAUCCGCAUCCUACUAUGGUCGUACAGGCAUACGAAUUAGCGGCAACAGGGCUUGCAGAGGAAAUCCGAAGCUCAGUUUCUACUAGCAAGGAAAGAAACAUUUCAGACUUGUCUGGUGCACUGCAAAAUUGUCUUCGGGGGUUACGUGGCGUUCGAAGGACUCUCGUCAUGUACCCAUUCACAGAACGAGAUGAGGAAGAUUUCGGUUCAUCACCUGGGCACCAGUAA